AUCACAAGCAUUACUCAGCUCAAAUAUCAGGUUUCUUAGUUUCUUGAAUUAGCUACACUCAAUAAUGUCUCGAAUAUUUAUUUGUUUGUUCAUCUUGAUUGGAGCUAUGUCUGCAGUGAUGUGUCAGCUCCCAGGUCAUGUCGGAGUAUGCAACGGGCGACUCGGCAACAACCUACCAUCGGAGCGAGACGUCGUCGAGCUCUACAAGGCCAACGGAAUCAAGAGAAUGCGAAUCUACGACCCCAACGCGGACACCCUCGCCGCCCUCAGCGAGUCCGACAUCGAGCUCAUCCUCGACGUCCCUAACGUCGACCUCCCCUCCCUCCAAUCCGACGCCACCCAAUGGGUCGAAACCCACGUCCGCCCCUACUUUCCGGCCACCAAAAUCCGCUACAUCGCCGUGGGCAACGAAAUAGAUCCCGCCAAAUCCGAAACCCGAGAAUUCGUCCCUCAACUCCUCCGCGCCAUGGAGAACAUCCACAGAGCCCUCACAAGAUUCCAACUAGAAAACCAAAUCAAGGUCUCCACGGCGACGUAUUCCGCCGUGUUGAAGGACACCUCCCCGCCGUCGAAAUCCGCCUUCAUCGACGACAAUUUCAUGCCUCCGGUGGUGAAGUUCCUGGCGUCGAUCGGAUCUCCGCUUCUAGUGAAUAUAUACCCUUACUUUGCCCACUUCGAAAACCCCUCCACUGUGAAGCUCGACUUCGCUUUGUUUACUGCUCAACGAGUUGAGGUUUUCGAUAAUGGCUUCGAGUAUCGGAACCUCUUCGACGCGAUGGUUGAUGGCGUUUACUACGCGAUCGAGAAGGCCGGGGGGAACGGCGUCGGGGUGGUGGUGUCGGAGAGUGGGUGGCCGUCGGGGGGCGGAGGAAGCGUGGAGACGGUGGCGAAUGCGGAGACGUACUACCGGAAUUUGAUCGGACAUGUCGGCGGGGGGACGCCGAAGAAGAGGGGGUCGUUGGAGACUUACUUGUUUGCGAUGUUUGAUGAGAAUGACAAGACUGGGGCAAAGACUGAGCAGCAUUUUGGCCUUUUUAGGCAUGAUAAGACUCCUAAAUAUAACCUAGGAUUAAAUUAAGUUGUGUUUCUUCGUCUAUUUAUAAUUGAGUUAAGCUCUUACAUGAGCGAUAAAAUAUUGAUGUAAUGUUAUUGAUUGUUAGCCAAAAAAUAAUGGACAAGAUUAUAAGGUUGUUCCAA